UUUGCAAUUAAGAGAGCUUGCUUGAUAUUAUAACGAUGAUGAGAGAACAAUGGUUUCCCCUUUUUGCAUUGGCUGCUUUAGGUAUGGUGGUUAGCGGUACUCAGGCGGCGAUAGGGUUGCCGCCUGAGUCUGCACCACUAAUCCGACACUUCUACAAGGUGCACAACACGUGUGCCAACGUGGAGCCAUUUAUUCGGCACCAGGUACAGCAAGUUUAUGCUAAUGACAAGACAGUUGCUCCAAAGCUCAUCAAGUUGCUAUAUGCAGACUGCAUGGUUAAUGGGUGUGAUGCAUCGAUUCUUCUAGACGGACCAAACACAGAAAAAGAAUCACCAAAAGCGCGAGGACUAGGAGGAUUCGUGCUUAUUGACAAGAUCAAGCAAGUCUUGGAAGCACGGUGCCCAGGAGCCGUUUCGUGUGCCGACAUUCUCAACAUUGCAGCCAGAGAUGCCGUUUAUUUUUCUGGUGGUCCGUCGUACCCGGUUUUCUUGGGAAGAAGAGACGGACUUUCAUCGAACGCAGCAUGGAUCGACUUUCCCUCGCCUUCCAUUUCGUGGGAAUCAUCUUUGGCAUACUUUGAAUCUAAAGGUUUAGAUCUGCAAGACAUGGUUACACUCCUAGGAGCACAUAUGAUGGGAAGAGUUCGAUGCAGUAACAUUCUUGAUCGCCUAUACAACUUCAACAACACUGGAAAACCAGACCCCACAAUGGAAGAAUCUACAUUGAGUUACUUAAGGAACCAAUGCCCUCCAAAGACGAGGUUGGGUCAACCCAACCCGCUCAUAAACUUAAACCCAAGUAACCCGGACCAUCGCUUUACCAACUCCUACUACUCGCAAGUGUUGGCCAAUAAAGCUGUUUUAGGAGUCGAUCAACAGCUUCGCUAUGGGGGUGACACUUAUGAUUUAAGCGAUGAAUAUGCUUCGUCGAUUCAAGAUUUUAAGCUGCAGUUUGCUUUUUCAAUGGCUAGGAUGGGUGGGCUUAAGGUUAUAACCGGAACCGCCGGUCAGAUCCGACUCAACUGUCGAGCGGUCAACAAAUAGAUUGAAUGUGGUUUAUUUUGUUAUAAAUAAAUAGUUGGAUUGUGUUUCACUAAUGAAAAUCAAAAUCUAAUUCUGUGUUGCUGAUAUAUAAGAGUUGUAAUGAGUUCUUUAAUUCUAUGUUGACAAGUUGUAUAUUGCUUCAGUUAUACGUUUUCAAACCGGA